AUUCUUUUACUUCACUUUUCAGGAAGGACAAAUAGUUUCGAUUGUGUAUUAAAGUAUGAGGAAAGCGAUUCGUUUCGUGCGGAGACUAAUUGUUGGUUUGGUGAUAUGCCUUGGAGUUUACGUCAUUCAUAGUAACGUAUGGCAAAUCGUGCAGUCCAAACACCCGCGUGAUACCAGGCUCAUAAUAAACAAUGUUGAGAUUGCGGAAGUGGUCAGGAAGCAAGCAACUAUUUCCCACAGCCUUCCUAAAGAGUUUGUAUUCGAUGAAGAAGAUAUGAAAGAUGAACAUGGAAACCCUUACCAUAUUAUUUUGUGGAACGACCUUUCCGGGGUACCAGGCUACGUGGCAAAUCCGACCGAAUGUAUGGGUAAUAUCAGCUGCCAGAUAUCGUACAACAAAGGAGCAGCGGCCGACGCCCAUGCCAUCGUAUUUCCGAUAGGAGUUUCACGAAGCAUGGCUCCAAGUGUAAGAAAGCCGUGGCAACUUUACGCUUGGUGGACACUAGAGAGUCCGCUUCAUGCGGGAGGUGAUCUGAGAUCUUUUGACGAAUUCUUCAACUUGACUUUCAAUUAUCGACUUGACGCUGGAGUUUACGCCCCCUAUGGAAGUAUUAACCUUAUUCUACGUGAGCUGAGAAAGUCGGGUGAAACGGAAUUAGAGCCGCUGCUUGAAAGAAAACGAAACUCCGACAAGAUGGCGGCGUGGGCGGUGAGCAACUGCUAUGGAAAACGAAUGGAUUUUGCUAAAAGUUUGAUGGAUGCUGGACUACAAGUAGAUACUUUUGGUGGUUGCUUUGGAGGACGACAGAUAGGAGGCGGGAGGUACUCUGAUACUUUCUACUCUGAGUUACAAAAGUAUAGGUUUUACUUUUCGUUCGAAAAUUCUAUAAACUGCAAAGAUUAUUUCACCGAGAAGUUCUGGUUUAACGGACUUCGCUCUGGUGCGGUACCUGUGGUCUGGGGUCCUCGGAAGUCAGACAUUCUGAAGGUCGCCCCAACGAAAUCUUUCAUUCAUUCCAAUGAUUUUGAUACACCUGGGGAACUCGUAAAAUACCUAAAGUACCUCGCUACUAAUGAAACCGCAUACGCAGAGUAUCUUCACUGGAGGACUUGGGUAAAUCAUCCGGAGAAGAUAGAGACGAGGUUGCGGUUGGAGAACAGAGAAAACGAUCUUCGUAGUUUCUGUAAGUUGUGCAGUAUGGUACAGUCCGAUGGCCGGGAUCGUAAAAGGGGAGUUAAGUCCCCAGUAAGGAUUGUGCAUUCUUUAAACGAGGCUUGGAUUGGUACAGAGAAGGGUGAGUGCCACAAGUGAAUGGCGCCAUCAGGUAUAUUGGUUGAUUAUAUAUAUUAUAUAUAUACAAUAUAUUUCUAUUAUGUAAACUAUCUUAUCAACGACCAAGGAAAGACUCAGUUUCGUAAUUAUUAUAAUGAAUGCUGUCUCCUAUCUUUAAAAAGGUUUUGUUGGGUGCUUUGUUUGAAAGAUUUGUUAAGUUAUAGUAGGAUGGGGGAAGAUGGGACGCCUUUAGCACAUGAUAUCCAAAUAUCCUGAUCGUGUUUUAAACAAUUAACAACGGUCUUUCGGAGUCAUGAGCAUACGGUUUAAUAAUUCUUUAAAUGUUCUUUGUUUACUACCAAAUGUGACGAGAAAAUAGAAUGAAAAGGUGUCCCAUCUUCCCCCACCCUACUAUGCAUACCAACAAGGUAGCAUGAACAAGGCAUUUUUGUAGAAAAUUUUGUUGUUAAACUAGGUUAAAUGAAUCCAAUUGCUAUAAAACACGAGCUUUGUGUUUGCACAACAUUAACGUAUAUUGUGCGCGUCUGUUGUGUAAUUAUCACGUUGCUUCAUUACUUUCGGUUCGUCUCUUGCUCUUUCUACUUUGUUUUAGAUCUUUAACCAUAACUAUGCAUUAUCGGUGUAUUGCACUAUGUCCUUUAAAUAAAGUACGCGGUCAAUUU